ACCCAGCUGCUGAAGUGAGAUACAAAUUGUAACAAAACCGGAAGUUGGCUAGGCUGCCUUCGCUUCUCAAGAUGGCAGUUCCUGGAUUUACUUUUGGUGCAUUCACACUUGUGUUGCACGUUAGUUCUGUGGCUAAUUAUCCCAGCGGAAAAGUAGGAAAGUCAUGCCAUGGAAUGGUUCCUGAACACAGUCAUACUGCACGUUCUGACCCUGUUCACAACGUUUCAGUGAGUCAGAUGACAUUCAGACCAGGAGACCAGAUUGAAGUUACUUUGUCAGGGCUACCAUUUAGAGGCUUUCUUUUAGAAGCACGUAAUGCUGAGGAUUUGAGUGGCCCUCCUAUUGGCUCCUUCACAUUGAUUGACAGUCAAGUGUCGCAGCUUCUGACCUGUGAGGAUGUACAGGGAUAUGCUGUGAGUCACACAAAUCCAUCCAAGAAAACAAAAAUUAAAGUCUACUGGAAUGCUCCAAGCAAUUCUCCGAAUCACAUAAAGUUUCUAGUCACAGUUGUUGAGAAGUAUAAAAUCUACUGGGUGAAGAUUCCUGGCCCUGUAAUUUCACAGCCCAAUGCACCGCCUUUUACAACACCUGAAGCUACAGUAGCACCUUUGUCAACAUUACCUCCUGUAUCCCAUUUAACCAAAUCAUUCAGUGCUUCAGAUUGUGGGAACAAGAAGUUCUGUAUUCGGAGUCCUUUGAACUGUGACCCAGAGAAGGAGCGUGCCUGUUUCUUCUUGUCCUUCACACGAGAUGACCAAUCAGUGGUGGUUGAAAUGAGUGGUCCCAGUAAAGGCUAUUUAUCCUUUGCGUUUUCUCAUGACAGAUGGAUGGGUGAUGAUGAUGCUUAUGUGUGUAUUCAUGAAGAUCACACUGUGCACAUACAACCAUCCCGUUUGAUGGGGCGAAGUCACCCUGUGAUGGACUCCAGGGGUGCUCUUGAGGAUAUGGCUUGGAGGCUGGCGGCUGGUGUUAUGCAGUGUUCUUUCAGAAGAAACAUUACCCUUCCUGGGGUUAAGAACAGAUUUGAUCUAAACACAAGCUACUACAUCUUUCUAGCAGAUGGUGCAGCUGACAAUGGUCGAAUAUGUAAGCAUUCUCAGCAACCUUUGAUUACAUAUGAGAAACAUAAUGUGACAGACUAUCCAAAGAAUGUGGGAGGCUCCCGUUCUUUAUUUCUUCUGAAGGCUCAUGGUGCUUUAAUGUUUGUGGCAUGGAUGACUACUGUUAGCAUAGGUGUGCUCAUGGCUCGGUUCUUCAAAUUUGUUUGGGCAAAGCCUGUUUUUGGUCAAGCAGCUUGGUUUCAGGUACAUCGGACGCUCAUGCUCACUACUACUGCCCUCACCUGCAUUGCUUUUGUUCUGCCUUUUAUUUACAGAAGAGGCUGGAGUUGGUAUGCAGGUUAUCACCCAUACCUUGGCUGUAUAGUGAUGGUUUUCGCAGUUCUUCAGCCUCUUCUGGCAGCCUUCAGGCCACCUUUAUAUGACCCCAGAAGGCAAAUGUUUAACUGGACGCACUGGAGUAUGGGGACAGCUGCUAGAAUAAUAGCAGUGGCAGCAAUGUUCCUGGGAAUGGAUUUACCAGGACUGAACCUUCCUGGCCCAUGGAAAACCUAUGCAAUGACUGGAUUUGUAGCCUGGCAUGUUGGGACUGAAAUUGUCCUGGAGAUACAUGCUUACCGACUUUCUCGAAAAGUUGAAAUAUUGGAUGAUGCCAGAAUUCAGAUCCUUCAGUCAUUUACUGUAGCUGAAGCAGAAGGACAUGCUUUUAAAAAGGUGGCGUUAGCAGUUUAUAUCUGUGGGAAUGUGACUUUUCUCAUCAUAUUCUUAUCUGCAAUCAAUCAUCUAUGAGCAAGCAAAGACCUUGGCUUUGCAGACCAGAUGAUAAUUAUCAUUAAGCCAAAGAAACUUGAAGCCUGUACCGACUGCCUGGAACGUAUUCAUGAAUUCUAAUUUGGAAGACCAGGCCAUGUCUGUAGAGGAAUUCCGAAGUAUGGUCCUUAGGGAUCAGCUUUCAGCAGGGUCCUAUGGAUUCGAAAAAGGAUAUCAAGCCUUUGUGUGUGAUUCUGAGUGUUACCAAGGAAGGUUGUACUUGAGGAGAAGUGAUUAUCAAAUAUUUUCUAUGAUGAGAUUUUUAGAAUGUUAGCAUUUAAGAAAAUAACUGUUUGGAAAGGCAGAAAUGAUGUCAUUCGGAUGAAAUGGGGAUUCUAUUAAGGUACAUGUAUUUUGGGCUAUAAAGGUGCUGUGGUACUUUAAAGAAACCAUCUAUACUUGUUUAUCAGGAUGGUUUUUCUUAGGACUUUUUGUGAAACUAUGUUUUCCAGUACAGUGUUUUGGACAUGUCCUUUUUUCUGUGUGUUCUGUUACUUCUCUGGUAAAGGUGGAGGUGGGGUUAAGAUUGUAUUCACAUUUAAUUAUAUAUGAAUAUUAUAAUUUCUUUCUUAGUGAUGAAAUGCAAGUAUGCAUCUUCUGCUUAAGACUGUAUUUAUAUGGGCGCCUGGGUGGCUCAUUUGGUUAAGCCUCCGACUCUUGAUUUCAGCUCAGGUCAUGAUCUCAUGAUUCGUGAGUUUGAGCCCCACACUGGGCUCUGUGCUAACAGCGCCUAGCCUGCUUGGGAUUCUCUCUCUCUCCUUUUCUCUCUGCCUCUCCUCUGUGCUGCUUGUGCUCUCUCUCUCAAAAUAAAUAAAUAAACAUUUAGUAAAAAAUACUCUAUUUAUAUAUUCAGUAAAAUGAUAUUUUAUAUGUGAAUUGUUUUGAGUGUAAGAUUCAAGUCCUAGCUUUUGGAGAUUGUAGACUUGCAUUUCAAAAUUAAUAAAAUUUACCCUUGUAAAUAUAUUUAAGAGCUACUCUCUUUCUUUGUGGUAAUAAAUAAUAUGGGUGGAUCUUUUUUGUUAGAAGUUCCUGAUGCUGUAAUGAAUAGAACGUCAGUGUUGUUUUCCUUCUAAUCUCUUUUUUAGUGGCUGGGUUUCCUAUUUGCUAUGAGGACUUCUAACCAGUGGGUGGCAGCAUAAUACCAAAGUACUGCUUUGUUUCUGUUUCAUUGUGCUGUCACUCAUUUCUAGUACUUGGAUAAUACCAUGGAGUGGCAUUUCCCUUAAUUCCGCCAACUCUUAAUUUGUAUUUGAAAAGUUUCUGCCUUUUUUUUGGUGGGGUAAGGGGU